AUGCCUGAUCAAGACAAAAAGGCGAAGACCACAGAAAAACCAACUGAUAAAAAACAACAAGGAGUCACCACCAGGGACUAUUCAGAUCUUAAAAGACUUCGUUGCCUUUUGAACGUUCAAUCAAGCAAACAACAGCUUCCAGCCAUUAACUUCGAUAGUGCCCAAAAUAGCAUGACGAAGUCUGAGCCUGCCAUCAAGGUGGGUGGACACAGAACCCGAGGUCAGUGGCAUGAGUCCACAGAAGCUGUCGAACUUGAAAAUUUUAGUAUAAACUACAAGAAUGAGAGAAACUUCAGUAAACAUCCGCAGCAUAAACUAUUUCAGGAGAUCUUUACAGCCUUGGUGAAAAAUAGACUCAUAUGCAGAGAGUGGGUUAAUCGAGCCCCAUCUAUUCACUUUCUGAGAGUAUUAAUCUGUCUGAGACUACUAAUGAGGGAUCCAUGUUAUCAGGAGAUACUCCAUAGCUUGGGCGGGAUUGAAAACCUAGCACAGUACAUGGAGAUCGUGGCCAAUGAGUACCUCAGCUAUGGGGAAGACCAGCACAGUGUGGACAAGCUGGUCAACAUGACAUAUAUUUUUCAAAAACUUGCUGCUGUCAAAGACCAAAGAGAAUGGGUCACCACAAGUGGAGCCCACAAGACAUUAGUAAAUUUACUUGGUGCCCGAGAUACUAAUGUUUUACUGGGUGCCCUUCUGGCUCUGGCUAGUUUAGCUGAAAGUCCAGAAUGUAGGGAGAAGAUAAGUGAACUCAACAUUGUAGAAAAUCUGCUGAUGAUUUUACAUGAAUAUGACUUGCUUUCCAAAAGAUUAACCGCAGAGUUACUGCGCCUACUUUGUGCUGAACCCCAGGUAAAGGAACAGGUGAAGCUCUAUGAGGGGGUACCCGUCCUCCUCAGCCUGCUCCACUCGGACCACCUGAAGCUGCUCUGGAGUGUUGUCUGGAUUCUGGUUCAGGUUUGUGAGGACCCUGAGACCAGUGUGGAAAUUCGCAUUUGGGGAGGCAUCAAGCAGCUUCUUCAUAUUUUACGAGGAGACAGAAAUUUUGUUUCUGAUCGUUCUUCCAUCGGCAGCCUGUCGAGUGCAAAUGCGGCAGGCAGGAUCCAGCAGCUUCAUUUGUCAGAAGACCUAAGCCCUCGGGAAAUACAAGAAAAUACUUUUUCUCUUCAAGCAGCCUGCUGUGCCGCCCUCACCGAGCUGGUGCUGAACGACACCAACGCCCAUCAGGUGGUCCAGGAAAAUGGUAUAUAUACAAUAGCAAAGUUAAUUUUACCAAACAAACAAAAGAAUGCAGCAAAAACUAAUCUGUUACAGUGUUACGCGUUCAGAGCAUUGAGGUUUCUAUUCAGUAUGGAAAGAAACAGACCACUCUUUAAAAGGCUUUUUCCCACCGACCUGUUUGAGAUCUUCAUCGAUAUAGGACAUUAUGUUCGUGAUAUCAGCGCUUAUGAAGAAUUGGUAUCCAAGUUGAAUUUGUUAGCGGAUGAUGAACUGAAGCAAAUUGCUGAAAAUAUUGAAAGCAUUAAUCAGAAUAAAGCUCCUUUGAAAUACAUAGGCAACUAUGCAGUUCUGGAUCAUCUUGGAAGUGGGGCUUUCGGCUGUGUUUACAAGGUUAGAAAGUGUAGUGGUCAAAAUCUUUUGGCAAUGAAAGAGGUCAAUUUACAUAACCCAGCAUUUGGAAAGGAUAAAAAAGAUCGAGACAGCAGUGUAAAGAAUAUUGUUUCUGAAUUAACCAUAAUUAAAGAGCAGCUCUAUCAUCCCAAUGUUGUACGCUAUUACAAAACAUUUCUGGAAAAUGAUAGGUUGUAUAUAGUUAUGGAGCUGAUAGAAGGGGCCCCUCUUGGAGAGCAUUUCAGUUCUUUGAAGGAAAAACAGCAUCAUUUUAUUGAAGAAAGACUAUGGAAAAUAUUUAUACAGCUGUGCUUAGCUCUUCGGUACUUACACAAGGAAAAGAGGAUUGUCCACAGAGAUCUAACGCCAAACAACAUUAUGUUGGGGGAUAAGGACAAAGUAACAGUGACUGACUUUGGGCUGGCAAAGCAAAAACAAGAAAACAGUAAACUAACAUCUGUUGUUGGAACAAUCCUGUAUUCCUGCCCUGAGGUACUGAAGAGCGAGCCGUAUGGGGAGAAGGCUGAUGUCUGGGCGGCAGGCUGCAUCCUUUAUCAGAUGGCAACUCUGAAUCCUCCCUUCUACAGCACCAACAUGCUCUCCCUGGCUACAAAAAUAGUGCAGGCGGUAUAUGAACCAGUGCCAGAAGGCACCUACUCUGAGAAAGUGACAGAUACCAUCAGCAGGUGCCUCACUCCUGAUGCAGAAGCCCGCCCAGAUAUCGUAGAAGUCAGCUCGAUGAUAUCAGAUGUCAUGAUGAAGUAUUUAGACAACUUAUCUACAUCCCAGCUGGCUUUGGAGAAGAAGCUGGAACGGGAGCGGAAGCGCACGCAGAGGUACUUUAUGGAAGCCAAUCGGAAUGCUGUCACAUGUCACCAGGAGCUGGCUCUGUUAUCUCAUGACACCUUUGAGAAGGCAAGCUUAAGUAGCAGUAGCAGUGGAGGCACCAGCCUGAAGAGCGAACCUUCAGAAAGCGCAGACCUGCCCCCCGAGGGUUUCCAGGCCCCCUGCGGUAAGGAUGAAGACAGGGCCUGUGAUGAAAUCCUGUCCGAGGAGACCUUCAACUUGGAAAAUAUUGACAAAGACAUGUACUCAGAGCUAGAUGAGGAAUUGGACAUUUCGGACAACUCCAGCAGCUCCAGUUCGAGCCCUGUGAAAGAAUCUACAUUCAGCAUUUUAAAGAGAAGUUUUAGUGCCUCGGGAGGAGAAAGACAAUCCCAAACAAGGGACUUCACUGGUGGAAUAGGAUCCAGACCAAGACCAGCUUUGCUGCCUCUUGACCUGCUUCUGAAAGUACCACCCCUCAUGCUCAGGGCCCACGUUAAGGAGCUAGAGGCCGAGUUAGUGACGGGGUGGCAGUCCCAUAGCCUUCCCGCUGUGAUUCUUCGCAAUCUCAGAGAUCAUGGGCCACAGAUGAGCACAUUCUUGUGGCAAGCAUCUGCAGGGAUUGCUGUGUCCCAGAGGAAAGUACGGCAGAUCAGUGAUCCUAUUCAGCAGAUCUUAAUUCAGCUGCACAAAAUCAUCUACAUCACACAGCUUCCUCCAGCUUUGCACCACAAUUUGAAAAGAAGGGUUAUAGAGAGAUUCAAGAAAUCCCUCUUCAGCCAGCAGAGUAACCCUUGCAAUUUGAAAUCUGAAAUUAAAAAGUUAUCUCAGGGAUCUCCAGAACCAAUCGAGCCCAACUUUUUCACAGUGGAUUACCAUUUAUUACAUCAUUCAUCAAGUGGAAACAGCCUGUCCCCAGAUGACCCAACAGGUCUGUGCACCAGCUUUGAUUUGGAGGAGGGAAUAACGUAUGAACAGAUGCAGACUGUGAUUGAAGAAGUCCUAGAAGAAAGUGGCUAUUACAACUUUAAAUCUAACAGAUAUCACUCCUAUCCAUGGGGGACCAAGAAUCACCCAACCAAAAGAUGA